AUGCAAGUCCCCCCUCCUGAUCCCGUCGAGCCGCCGCCAGAUGUCGCAGUCACACCCUGCGAUCCCUGGCCUGGCCCGUAUUACUUCGAGGGCGGGUUGCGAAGGGUGAAGCCCUACCACUACACGUACAAUACCUACUGCAAGGAGCGGUGGCGGGGUAGAGAGCUGCUGGAGAUCUUCACCACCGAGUUCAGGGAUCGACCGCCAGAGUAUUAUAAACAUGCCAUCGAGUCUGGUCAAGUCACUGUCGGCGGCAAAGUCGCAUCCCCCACGACCCGAAUCAAGAACGGCGAGGUCAUUUCUCACACGCUUCACCGGCAUGAACCCCCGGUCACCGGCCAGCCCAUUGGUAUCAUCCACGAAGACGAUGAUCUACUCGUGAUUGACAAGCCCGCGGGCGUGCCCGUCCACGCCGCCGGUCGUUACCACUUCAACUCGGUCGUGGAGAUUCUACGAUCAGAGCGUGGCAACGGCUUCAAGCCCCAUCCUUGCAACCGUCUGGAUAGGCUGACCUCCGGCGUCAUGUUCUUUGGGAAACACCCCAGGCAGCCGACAAUUUCUCCAAGAAGCUGCAAGAACGGAGCGUUCAGAAGGAAAAACAGAGCGGCCACACCCCCGCCUGUUGCGAACGAAGAGGAAGGCUACAGCAUCGUCCACUGUCUGCCCUUGACGGGCCGCACGCAUCAGAUCCGUGUCCAUCUUCAAUUCCUGGGUCACCCCAUCUCCAACGAUCCCAUCUACUCGAAUCGGCGCGUCUUCGGACCGGACCUGGGCAAAUAUGACACCACUGCGGAUCGAGACAGUGAGAUUAUCUCGCGUCUAUCUAACAUGGGCAAGACCGAGCUUCCUGACACUCCCGCGUAUCGUACACACCUGACCACACCUCCGGUCGUGGAGCCGGGGACAGACCCGAGUGUUGUCGAGGAGAUAAUGUCUCGCGAGCACGAGGCGGCCGUGUACGAUUACCACAAGCGCAAGGGCGAGAGGCUCUCUGGGGAGCGCUGUGAAGUGUGCGACGCACCCUUGUACACGGAUCCCGGCCCCCACGAACUGGGCAUCUUCCUGCACGCCAUUGCAUACUCCGACAGGAACGGCGACUGGAAGUACCGCAGCAAGAUGCCCUCGUGGGCGCUGCCGCCAGAGGGCAUGGAGGGUCCGACCGAGGUGCCCGACUGGGUCGAGCCCGAAAAUGAGGACGAAGUCAUCGUCAACAACGGCUACUCGCCGGGCCAGACGAGCAUCGAUCCCAGAAACGUCGCCGGUGAGGACGACGUCCUGGCCCUCGUUCGAGGAGUCGGUCUGGUCAACCUUUCCCAGAGUAUGAGAAACGGGGAAGAGGCGAGGCCGCAGCAGGCUCAGCAAGAGGAGGAAAAGGAAAAGCCACAAGAACAGGAACAGCAGCAGCAGGAAGCUACAUCUGCAGCUACAGCAACAGCUUAG